UAUGUAUAUAUCAAGGUAUGUUACUUACGCAAAUACACGUACAGCUGUAUUGUAGUUCUCUAGAUGUUGCUUUGGAAAAUUAUGUAGCACCUUGUAUUUGUGCUCUGGAACCCAACGGUAAGUGUAGCUGUUAUUUGUUUACAAGUCCCGUACGUACACCUCCCGUUGCUCCGCAAACAUCCAGUUGUCAGGUCUCCUCACCAGCCACAGUCGAGAUUCCGUCCGACAAAUGGCAAAGCCAUCGAACUCGACCGGCUUUCAAGACCAGAUAGAGUUCAAUUCGCUCACCCGACUCCUCAGGCACCAACGUCAACCACCCACUAGACCACCGCCGGACGGGUCCGUAUGGAAACGUCGAAUUGAUUUCUCUCCUCGUCAGUACAAAUACAAUUCGCCGCCUCGAAUUCAAAAUUUCGACUGCCACUACAGAGGACUAUCUCCAGCCACAGACGCUAGACGGAGAGCAGAAGACAGUGCAAUGGUAUUGUCGGCCUUGGGUACCCGGAAGUGGACACAUGCUGGACAGACUUCUCCGCCGAAGACACGAUUCGCAACCGUUUUUCGUAUCGCCAAGCCGAUGGAUGUGAAGAUACAGGCAGCAAAGGCAAGGAAAAUGUCGGUGUACCACGACCCGGAAAUUUUCCAGUUUAGAGAAUUAGAAGAUCCCAAGUAUUACUUCAAACCACAGUGGACCUCUAGGAUGACGCCAGAUCCUCAAUGUUUACGCUCCAAGCGUAGCGUUUUACCAGACCGACAAGCGUAUCGUAUGAAGGAACACUGCUUUCGUGACGUGGAUCCGGGUAGUUUCAACACGCACAAGACCCCUUCACCAAAGUAUGAUCCAUCCCUUCUUUUCAAGAAAGACCCCUACCCAAAUACAGCCUAUGAAGCUCUGCUAGGUCGAAUUGAAGAUUUUCUAAGUUCUUCAACAUUGACUACUAAACAAAUUAAUUAAUUAAUACAAACAAACAGUCAGGCUACAGUGUUUUAAUUUCAUUGAA